AAAACAAAAAGAAGGAAAAGAAGACGCUGCAUUGCUGAGGAGAUCUUCAGCCUCUAACGCCGACUGAGGGUCGGCACAUCCGGACGGAGAACCGGAGCGCGACAGAGGGGUGAGGGGCUGGUGCUUAGAAUGGCUUUCCUGGACAACCCCGCCAUCAUCCUGGCCCACAUCCGGCAGUCGCACGUGACCAGCGAUGACACCGGGAUGUGUGAGAUGGUCCUGAUCGACCACGACGUGGAUCUGGAGAAGUGCCAUUCGUUUGCAGCGUCCGCCGGUGGGGGCUCGUCCGGGGGUUCGUAUGGAGACGGCAGCGGUGGAGGAGACGGACAGAACUGCGAUCUCUCUCAGUCUGUCGAUAUCACCUCCAGCUGGGACUUUGGCAUCCGACGGCGCUCCAACACAGGGAACGAAGAACGACAGAACCAGAUCAAGUGCAAAAACAUCCAGUGGAAAGAGAGAAGCUCGUCUCAAUCAGCAGACGACUUGAGCUCACUUUUUGAAAAGAAGGACUUUAGGGACAGGCCCCGGAGCACAGCAGUAAAUCCACACCUCCGCUGCGGCUUAGAACAGUGUCCUCAGCAGCUCAACAACCCCUUCAACGAGUACUCCAAAUUUGAUGGCAAGGGCCAUGUUGGUACAACGGCAACCAAAAAAAUUGACGUCUACCUCUCAAUGCAGUCGACCCAAGAAAAGCUUCACCCCAUGACGGUGGUUACGAUGGCUAACGCUCGGGUCCACGAUCUUAUCGGGCUCAUCUGCUGGCAGUACACCUGCGAGGGCCGCGAACCCAAGCUCACUGAAAACGUCAACACUUACUGCCUCCACAUCGCUGAGGAUGACGGGGAGGUGGACACAGAUUUCCCUCCGCUGGACUCCAACGAGCCCAUACACAAGUUUGGCUUCAGCACGCUGGCUCUGGUUGAGAAGUAUUCCUCUCCUGGACUGGGGCCCAAACAGUCACUCUUUGUUCGAAUAAACGCCGCUCAUGGUUUCUCCCUGAUCCCAGUGGACAGCCAGAAAGUGACCAUGAAGGAUAUUCUGCAGAAGGCACUCAAAAAGAGGAAAGGCUCCCAGAAAGGAUCAGGCCCCAUGUAUCGACUGGAGAAGCAAACCGAACCGAAUGUGGCGGUGGAUUUGGACAGUACGCUGGAGAGCCAGGGAACCAUGGAGUUCUGCUUGGUCCGAGAAAACAGUUCUCGAGGCGAGGAGAGCUCAGAGGAGGACCCACCUAUAGACAUCACUACGGUACAGGACAUGUUGAGCAGCCACCACUACAAGUCCUUCAAGAUCAGCAUGAUCCACAAGCUCCGCUUCACCACAGACGUGCAGCUAGGAAUUUCUGGUGAAAAGGUUGAGAUUGAUCCGGUCACCAAUCAGAAGACAAGCACAAAGUUCUGGAUCCGACAGAAGCCAAUCUCCAUCGACUCGGAUCUGCUGUGUGCCUGUGACCUGGUGGAGGAGAAGAGUCCAAGUCAUGCAAUUUUUAAGCUCACAUAUCUAAGCAACCACGAUUACAAAGCCCUGUACUUUGAGUGUGAUGCUGCUACAGUCAAUGAGAUUGUGCUCAAGGUGAACUACAUCCUGGAAUCCCGUGCCAGCACGUCAAGGGCAGAGUACUUCGCCCAGAAACAACGCAAACUGAACCGUCGCACGAGCUUCAGUUUCCAGAAGGACAAAAAGUCGGGCCAGUAGGGCUGGUGGCCAAACCGAUCAGCAGACUCUGAACCAAACGUCCUGCGUGAACGGAGGCAUAGAGAUAGACAGGAAAAUAUACAGAAUAGAAGGAUAGCGAGAAGUUUCGACGAAAAUAUGGAGGAAAUGUGAGACAGAUGUCUCAUCCGGAUGGAGAAAUCAGCCUCUCAGUGUCGGCCUUUCCUGGACUGACGGUCCUUAAUCAUAUCAGAGCACUAAUGCUCUCUGCUGUCACUCGAAUGUACUAGCAAAACCAACCAACAAUCGAAUUAAACAAUUGUAUUAACAUUUGAAGCCACAGCCGUCGCCCAGACAAGACAAAACCAUCGGCUGGACUCUGUAUGCCAAGGACCGAGAACUUGCUGCUGUUUGCGUCAGAGACUUACUUCCACUGCCUCCAAACGAACUAUACAUAAACCCUUACCAAACGAACGCAGUCGGACACUUACAAGCCAGAAAGAGCAAGCGAACCGUAUUAGCUGUUCCCGUAUGUAUCAAAAACGUUAACUUAAACCGCAUCGGACACUGACACGUAAAGGGAUCGCAAUUAUUAUUAUUUUUUUUUUACGAAAAUGUAAAUAGCAAACGCAUUCAGGGUCUGAUGACAAACCCUCUUUGGCCAUAGUACUUCAGUGCCUGCUACAGAUCAAUGGGACGAAUGCGUUCUUCGAGAUUUUAAGCGUCCGCUGGUUAAGUCGGGAAACUCUUUUUACCACCAGAGGAGGAUAACAGGUUAAGAAACGACUGGUUUUUAAUGAUCAAAUAUUAAAUUAAUAACUACUUUUUACUGUGAUGUGUUUUUUGCACCUAUGCGGAUUGCAUAUAUAU